AUGAGAUUUUCAAGUACCAGAAGGUCGCAAACUAAAGAACUCAAACCAGACCCAAAGAGAAACCUGUCUUUCUCUAGAAACAAUUCUCGCUUAAAUUCUUCUCUAGAUAUCAUCCCUCCCACAGAUCCUACACUUCAUAUUCAAAAUAGGAUUCAAAGCAUUGCCCAAAAAGUAAAACGUAACUUUUAUAUAGACAUGGCGGAUUGUUCUGAAUCCUUUGAAAUUGGCAGAAAAACUAACAUUGAUGACUCUUUCAAAAGCAGCUUUUUAAUCCCAGAAAAAGAAAACUCUAACUCCUUAAUUUAAUAAUAUAAAUAUGAAUACCACAAAAAUACUCAAUUUUUAUUGUUAACUAUCUUUCAGCUGUUGAAAUCAAAAAUAAUUGUCUUUUACCUCCUUUAUUCUAAAUAAUUAAUAAAAAAUCCUCGCUGUAAUUACCAACCCAGAUAAUAAGAACAAGAUAAAAAUCUAAAAAAUUAUUGAGGAGAAGUGAGUCAUUAGAGCUAAGUCGGUUUUCAAUGAUUUCAGAACUUUUAGCUGGCGCCCAAAGCGAUAUUUUAGAUAUUUUCAGCUCAUCUAUGAUAUCAAGCAGCAAAUCAAAACUGUGGGAAAUUUUCACGAAUCUCAAUAAUAAGAUUUGAAAGCUAUGCUUUAGAGGGGUCGCGCUGAAGACUACUCCUGCAGAUUCUCAGAUGAAAGCCUUGAUUGAAGAAAACAAGGAUUUGAAAGCUGAGAUUGAGCAGCUAAACGAACAAGUAGAAAUUUAUGUAAAUAAGUUCCACGAAAAAAACAUUGAUAGUGAUGAAAUGAAUGAGCUCAAAGCACAGAUUUUCAGCUCAAACGAAAUAAUAGCGAACUUACAAGACCAAUUAAAAGAUACUAAAGCACUUUUAAUUGAAAAAGAAGGCUCUUUAAACCGCGCAAAAGCGGAAAACCACAUUUCUAUUAACAAGUUAAAAGAAAGGAUCAGUGAAUUAGAAAUAAAAGUUGCCAAAAAAACAAAGCUUGCAAAAUCAUCUGCAAGGAGCACACCAGUGGAUUAUGAUAUAGGAAUGAUUAAAGAGAAAUUAAGCUUGGUCACUCAAGAACGCGAUAGUUUAAGAGAAUGGAAAGAAAGAUUUUCACAAUACCCUUCUACAUAUGAAAAGACUAUCCAGAAAAUGGCAGAUGACUUCGAAAGAGAAAAAGCAAAAUUUGUCGAAGUCAUUGAAACCUUGCAGAAACAAGCUGAUGACAAUUCUUUUCAAAAGAUCCAAGCGCUAAAAAAUCCAAAAACUCAUGAAAAUCAAGAAUUAAUAAAUAAUUUAUUAGCUGAGAAAAAAGAAACUUCUGAAAGGUUCAACACAAUGAAAAAGCAAUAUGAAGAGCUGAAAGGCCAGUCAAGAAAUAACGAAUACAUUGAGAAAUACUAUACUUUGAAAAAACAGUAUGACGAACUGCUCUUACAAUUAGAAAACUCUAGAAAUGAAAGAGUAAAAGCAGUAGAAAGUCUACAAAAAACCUGCCUUGACUUGCAAGAUAAAUUUGCUAAACAGUGCUCAGCGUAUGAAAUGCUAAGCCAGCGCUAUCAAGAACUGCAAGGCAGAUCAGAUUCGGUUGAUUUAACUAAUCGCUCAAUAAUAAAGUCAAGCAGAUCAGACUUAAAAUCAAAAUCCAGAGAAAAGUCCAUCCAAAUUUCUGAUAUAAAUGAAUACAGAAUUACCGAAUUGGAGACUGAAAUAGAAAAUACCAAAAACACAAUAGAAGAUUUAACAAUGGAAAAUAGAAAGCUUAAUGAAAUAAAAUCAGAAAAUGACGAAAAAAUCAAAAUUUUAAUGAAAGAACUUGACUCAGCUAAAAAAGAAUCAAAAAAUCAAAGACUAAGGAAAGUCAGUUUGGGUGAAGAGCAAGCUCAAGCAUUAAAACAAAUUGCUUUAUUGCAAGGUUUGGUAGAUGAGCUUAAAUUGAAUAGCAUCAAUGACGAAAAGAUAAAAGAAGAUCUCCAAGCGAAAUUAAAAUCUUAUGAACAAAAAUUAUCAGAGGAAAACGAAAGAUCAGCAUCACUUUACGAGACUGGGAAAAAGCAGCUCGAGGAGUUAACAGUUUUGAGAGAAAAAUCCUCAAAGAAAAAUGAUCAAUUAAGCACAUUAGAAAAUGAGUUGAAAAAAUUAAAGUCUUCUAAUAUUGAGUUGGGAACUUUGAUAGAGAAAAUUCAUAAAGAAAACUCUGAUGAAGUAAACACACUGAGAAGAAGCUUGAAACAUACUGAUGACAAGAAAAAAGACUUAGAGAUGAAGCUAAAAGAAAGUGAAGAUAUAAUAGAAGAUCUUAAAGAAACCAAUGUAAGAAUAUCAAAUGAGGCUAAAAACUACAAGGACAAUAUAGAACAUUAUAUUGAAAAAAUUCAAGAACAAGAAAAAAGCGCCAAACUGGAAGCAGACAACAUGCAACAAAUUAUCCGUAAAUUAACUAAACAAAAUAAAGAUCUGCAUCUAGAAAAAGAAAAUACUCAAAGAAUGCUGGACAACUCUGAAUCUAAAUAUAAGUUAGAGCUGAGGAAUCAAGAAAUCCUUUCAGAAAGGAAAAUUAGAAGCCUAGAAAACGAGCUAGAAGUCACAAAAGAUGAAAACAACAAUGUCAAAAGAUUCAUAGAAAACAUCCAAGAAAGCAUGUUAGCAAUGAGAGAAGAAACUCUAAAUGCAAAAGCAAGCCUAGAAGUAAACCAUAAGCAAAUAGAAGAAUUAAGGAAAGAAAAAGACAAAACAAUUCAUAAACUCGAAGCAGAGCUUAAUGAGCUUAAAAUGAAACGAUCAGCUUCUCAGCAGGAACUCCAAAAUGAGUUAAAACAUUUAAAUGAGAAAAAUAGGCAUAAUGAAGAAUUGAUUGGAAAACUGAAGUUAGAAAUUGAAAAUUUGAGUGACUCAAAAGAAAUUUUAGAAGGAGAAAGAAAUAAGCUUGAAGAAGAGGAAUUAAAAAAUAAGGAGAAAUUGAAGGAUUUAUUAGAGGAAAAGCAACUAUUAGAAGAAGAUAGAACAAGGCUUAAAGGAGAAAUCAUAAUAAACGAAAAGAAAUUGAAAGAAUUGAUAAAUGAAAAGAAUUAUAUUGAAGAAGAUAGGCUGAAACUUAAGAAUGAAAUAAUUAAAAAUGAAGAAAUAUUGACAAAUUUAAACAGUGAGAAGAAAUGCUUCAUAGAGGAUCGGUUGAAUCUUGAAGAGAAAAUUUUGAAGUAUGAGGAGCAGCUAAAAAAUUUAAGCUCGGCAAAAGAGAUUUUAGAAGAAGAUAGAGUGAGACUACGAGAAGAAGCCUUGAAAGCUGAAGAAAAAUUGAAUAACCAAAAAAGUAGCUAUGAAACUGAUUUAGAAAAAGAGAAAAAGAAGUUUCAAGAGAUCGCUAAAGAACUUCAGCGAGAAAUUGAAGAAAAAUCAAGAAAAUUAGAAAUGGCUGGCAAUGAGAUAGAAAGCUUAAAAUUGAGACUAAGCCAAACCAUCAUUGAUAAUGAUUCUAUUGCCAAAAUGAACGAAUCAGAGAUUAAAAAGAAAAAUUCAGAAGUUGAGAAGUUCAUUGAAUCUAAAGAUAAGAAAAUUUAUGAUUUAGAAAAUCAUAUAGAUAAACUCAGGAAAGAAAAUUCUGCUGCUUAUAAUGAAUUAAAUGAGAAAGAAUCUGAAAUCCUAGCAAUUACAAAAGAGUAAUUUAUAUUUAGAAUUAAACACUUGAAAGAUGAAAAUUCUCGCUUUAAAGCUGAGAAUUUGAGAAUUUCUGAUGAAAAUGAAGUGCUAACUCCCCCGAACAAAUCCAUUGGAAAAAUCCCUAUUUUUUUUUGCGAAACAUAAAAAAAUUUUGAUAUAUAAGUGAUAAUUAGUAUAAUGAAAUCUCAAGUUAAUUUUGUUUAAUUUGAGCAGCUUGCAUUUUAAAACAUAAAUUUUACAAAUUAAACAAAUUUGUUUUCGAUUUUUACGAUUGGGAUUUUUUUAAAUUUAUAUAUAAAUUUUCUUAAGAAAAAUUAACCCUCUCCGUGAGUAGACAAAAGUUUUUGUUCGCUCACUGAGGGAGAGUAAGCAUUAAAACUACAAAAAUACAAGCUGAAAAAGAAAAAAUUGAGAAAAAUCAUAAUGAGAUUAAAGAAUGCUGUGAUGACCUGAGAAGAUCUUUGGAAAAUUCUAGCAAAGCUGAAAUGGAACUAAAGCACCAACUUAAUCUAUCUCUAGAGAAUUCAGGUAAAUUAGAAAACGAAAUCAUAAAUCAUGACUCAUUACUUAAGGAAUUAAAAAUUCAGCUCAAUGCCUAUACAGAAAAAUCAGAUAAUCUUUCAAAAGAAAUAGAAAAUUACAAGUUGCUGCUGGAAAAAGCCGAAAAUGAAAAUAAAAGUAAAAUAAAAGAAAUAGAAGAACUGAAGAACUUUUUGCCUCAACUUCUUGAGGACUCACAAUCAAAGGAAAAUAUAAUCAUAGAGCUUGAGAAUGAAGUGAAAUAUCUAAAUGACUCAUUGCUAGCAAAUGAAACUACAAGAAAUAAGCAACUAGAAGAUGAAAAGAGAGCUUUAUGUGGAGAAAUAGAAGAAUUAAGCUUAAAGCUCAGUUUAACUGAAAAGGAAAAAAAUGAAGCAUGCAGCCAAGUAAAGCUAGUUGAAACUCAGAAAAAUGAAAGAAUUGAAACUUUGGAAGAUCAAUUGAAAGAGGAAAUCAAUAAGGCACAAUUAGCUGCAACUCAAAAAAAUGAUCAGAUUAAGAGCUUAGAAGAGCAGCUAAAGGAGGAAAUUAGCAAGUCUAAAUUAAUUGAGACUCAAAGGAAUAAGCAAAUCAAAGAAAUAGAAGGACAGUUAAAAGAAAAAUGCGAUUUACUUAAUGAAUUUAACUAUUCCGAUAGCGAAAAGAAUGAAAUUCUUAACUCGGACCCUUUAGCAAGCAAGCAAAACCAAUAUAAAAAUGAUCACCCUUUUUUCGGAAGCUAUAAAUUAUAAUUUAAAUUUAUAAUAAUUAAGUCUCAAGCAAAUUAUAUUAAAUUUCUGAUAGCUAAUGCUUUAAAUCAUAAAUAUUAUAAGUUAAAUAAUUUUGCUUAAAUAUGAAUUAUAAUUUUAAUAUAAAAUCUAAAACAAGCAAUUCACCUUAAUUAGCGAGCAAGAUUUUUGUGCUGGCUUACCAGCUCUGGAAGAGUAAGAAAUUGCAAGAUCAAAUUGAAGAGAAAUCAAAAGCAAUUGAGGAAAUCGAAGAAUCUAAAAUAAUCCUCGAAGGCUCUCUAAAAGAAUUAAACGAUUUGCUCGAAGAAAAAUCUCUUUUAUUAAGUAACUACAAGGACCAACUAAAUCAAAUCACAAAAAAUUGCUCAGAAUAUGAACAAAAGUAAUAUUAAUAUAGAAACGAUGAGCUUUCAUCACAAAUAUCUAGUCUUCAAAGUAUAAUUUCUGAAAAAUCUGCCUCAGAAGCUUCUAAUCAAGACAAAAUUAAUAUCCUGACAAAAGAAUUAAAUGAGCUUAUGGAGAAUAUUGAGUAUUUAGAAAAAUCUUCCUCAACCCAAAAUCAGCAAAAUUCCCAGAUUUCAUAUGAUUUAGAAUCCGCAAGAGCUCAUAAUGAAAACUUGAAAAACGAAAUUAACUCAUUGAAGAAAGACAUAGCCCAAAUCAAUGAAAAAUAUGAAAGAACUAUAGAUGAUCUUCAAAAUGAAAUUAAUGAUUAUAAGAAUGAUAUAGAAGAUUUAACUGAAAAAUACCAAGAUGAGCUAGAAAAAUCAAGAAAAUUAAAGCAGGAUCUUGACCAAGCCAAUAAAAGUUUGAAUGAGUCAACAAAACAAAUGCAAGCGAAUUCCUCAGAAAAAAUCAACGAACUAAUUUCUCAAGUCCAGUUUCUCGAAAGCAAGGUAAUUACCGUCGAAAACGGAAAUAUCAAGCUUCAACAAGACCUUCAACAUAAAACCAAUCUAAUUAACGACCUAGAGGAAAAAUAUUUUGAAGAAAAAGAAUCCCACGACUCAUCUUGCAUUGAAAAAGAAGAUUUUAAAUCCCAGAUUGACCAUUAUAAGCUUGAAAUCCAAAACUAUAAAUCUCAAAUAAACGACCUGAAGUCUCAAAACGCCAAUCUUCAGUCAGAUUAUUUAAAAAAAGAUGAAGCCUUGACAGAAACCUCUCAAGAACUUAUGAAACUUCUUGAAGAUUUUGAAAAAUGCAUCAAGGACAAACAAGAAGAAAUUACUGAGCUAAAGAAAAAUAAUGACAUCGCAAUGGCUGAGUUAGAGUCAGAAAAUGAAGAAUUAAAAUCAUCUCUCUCAGCUUUGCAGUCAAAAACAUCAAAAAUUCAAGAAUUGAUGACUCAAAAAGAUGAGGAACACAUGAAUGUCAUAAAAACAUUGGAAUCAGAAAUAGAAUAUUAUAGAAAUAGCAAAGACUCUGUCAUGAUUGAAAGACUCGAUAAACAAAUUAAGGAAAAAGAAAAAGAGCUCUCUGAAUUAAGGAACGAAAAAGAGAUAACGGAGGGAAUGGUUGCGCAGCUAGAAGGCAGGGCAAAUCAUUUGGAAAAAGAAAAGCUUUCAUUAUUGCACACAAUUGAAGUUUUAGAUGGGAAUAAUGCAGAUUUAAUGAUUGAAAAAGAGCAAUUUCAGCUUCAAAUUGAUCUAUUCAAGAAGGAGAUAGCAAAAACAUCCUCAGAAGGUCCGUCAAAUCUAUCUGGCCUUUUAAGUCCAGAGCAUACAGUGAUAUCCCGUCUUGAAAACGAAGAAGAUAUCAAGGUUUCUCCAUCAGCUUUGCUAUCAAACAUAAAAUCAAGCGUAAAAAUACUAAAAAGAGUGAGAUAUGAAACCACAAUCUGGUGUCUAGUAGGAAAUGACAGUAAAGAUUCUUACUGGGUAGAAGAACAAAAUCUGACUGACAUGCCUUUUUCUUCAUCAAUCCCUCCUAUUGAAGAAGAUGACUUUAUUUUCCAAAUGCAAAAUCUCAACGACGCCUAUGAAAAUCUUCAAAAAGAAAACGAAAAUCUCUCAGAAAGGCUUAGGGACCGAGAAUUUUAUUUCCAGCUUGUGAAGCAAAUAGAAGAAAUAAUCCCAGCUGAGCUUUCAAACAUGAAUUUAAUUGAAGUCAUAACCUUUUUGGUAUCAGAAAAAAAUAAAACCGAGUCUACUUUAAGCAAAUCAAUAGGAUUUAUGGAUAGGACCAUGAAUCUUGAAUCUUUUACGAUUCAUGAUAUAGACCUUUCGCGCGAUGAGCUGCCAAUAGAAGAGAAAAGUGAUAACACUGACAGGUCAUUUGAUAUAGGAUCAGUCAAUUUUAAUGCGGAUGAAGCUCAGACACUCUAUGCAACGAUAAAGAGGCUCGAAGAAGAGAACCAUGACUUAGAAAAUACAUUAAAGCUCCAAGAGCAGCAGCUAAGACUACUACAUGAAGAAAUCAAUGCACAAGGCAAAACAAAAUUUGAUAGCGGGAAUAUUGAAAGCUUGCUAUCUGUUGUAGUUAACAUGGCUGAAAUUCUGCCAAUACAAUCACAAGAAAUUGAAGGAAGCUUAAAAGUGAUUUUUUCAAUUCUGGGGAUACCAAAAGACAAAGUUGAAGAAAUUGAAGAAAAACGCAAAAUUCAAAAAUCCUCUAUAUCUUUUAUAUAUGAAUAAUCCUUAUAGUAUGAUACUCUACAAAUUCAUGAGCAGACGGAUUAAAAAAUCUUCAUCAAUAAAAAAGAUGUUCUUCAAGAAAAAAACGUAA